AGCUCCAUCGAAGUCGACGUAAAUCGGGAUCAUGAAGCAGACGCGGUAGCAGAAAUGGCCAGCCCCAUGCGGCAAAAGCUCCUUCACAUCCACCUCCUGGGCAUAGUCCCCUACGCGACCGCAGCCCGUCUCCAAGAACGUCUCGUCUCGCGCUUCCUCGCAUCAAAGCCACCCUCCAAUGCCCCAGCACCUCCACCCCACAUCAUAACCGCCGAGUUCCAGCCCGUCUACACGUGCGGGAGAAGAGAAAUAGGCACCGUAGCACCCCAGCAACAAGACUUCCUGCGCGCCAAUGGCCGCGCAGAAUUCGUAGAAGCAAUGAGGGGCGGGCAGACUACGUUCCACGGACCAGGCCAACUAGUCGCAUACCCCAUCAUCGAUCUCCGCACGCACAAGCUUACUCCGCGGUCCUACGUGUGUCUUCUGGAAAAGAGCUUGAUAGCUACAUGUGCAAAGUAUAGCAUCAAUGCCAUGACUACGGAGAACACUGGUGUUUGGACUACGCCAGAUGAUAAGAUCGCGGCUAUUGGAGUGCAUAUGCGGCGGAAUGUUACGAGCCAUGGGAUUGGAUUGAAUGUUAGUACGGAUUUGUGGUGGUUUGAUCGGAUUGUGGCUUGUGGGUUAGAAGGGAAGAGGACGACCAACUUCGCGAAACAGGGUGUUGAGGGGAAGAGUGUAGAUGCUGUGGGGAGAGACUUUGUGCAAGAGAUUGCUGAGCGUUUGCAGGGUGUAGAAGGCGUAGAAAGAGUGGAGGGAGAUGAAGUGGAAGAAUUGUUGGAGACGUGAAGCAAGUCAGCCUAUUGUACUCUACAGUCGGGCUAGAGUAGCUGUACAGGCACUUUGAACUCCCCUCUCGUCGCAAUUAUAUGCAUACUAUCUACACCUGAGUCUGUUGUCCGGGACCACGGAUGGUUGCUUCUAGACACGCUAGAUGAACGUUGGAGUAACAAAGCGGCGCGGGUACCAGAGUAGCCUAAAACAACGAGUUUCUGGCGGUGUAAGCCACCACACAAUCCUAUUAAACGUGC